CGAAAAUUUCCUAUAUGACAAUGUUAGUUGUUUUGCAACUUCCACAAGUCUUUAUUGUUUUAGACACAUUUUGGCAUCCAUCCACUUCAACAACAACUUAAGGCGUGAUGUAAAGAUGAAGAAUGAUGGCAGUUCCCAAAUAAAUGUGGUGUAUCCAAAGUUUAAAAAUGGUGAAGGAACUGCGAGGGAUGUCAGAGUUAAGCCCAAAUUUGAGUAUGUGGAUGAAUUAUUUGAGAGUGAUGUUGUCAAUAAAAGACAAAGACGCAUUAUCAAAUUCACAAAAUCUUUUGAAAGAAAUGUCCCCACCACCAAUGAAUGUCAUGUUGCAAAAGCAAACCAGAUCUGAGGUGCUACUAAAACAUGUCCGUCGAAAAUGCAUUGUGGUCAAUGAUGUCCCCCCUCAAUUCCAGCAGCUACCAGUGUGCCAUUCAGCUGUCAGUCAAAUGUGGCAGUUUCAAAAGAAAAAAGUCAGCCAAAAUGUUUGACAUGCAAGAAGCCAAUGAAAGUUCACAAACAUGUGGGAGAUUGCCCAAAAAAUAGGAAAACUUAAUUUUCACUUCACUCAUUUAUUUCAUUUUCUUCAUACCCUCUAAAUUCC